AUGUUUUUUAAACAUAAUUUUGAAAUCAAUAAUGAUUUGAUAGAUAUAAAGCAUCUAGAUGAAUUUUACGGUUUUGAUUCCAAUUGCAAUUUGCGAACUGCUCCAAAAUUAACAUAUUCGCAUGUUCAUCCAGGACCUUUCGAAAAAAUGAAGGUUCGUUUGGCAACCCAAGUAUUUAGUCAUAGUGUAGCUGCAGGCAUGUCUACAGCAUUGAAUAUUGGUAUUUUACCAAACAAUUCAAUACCUACAAUCAAUUUCAUUAAUGAUAUGGAUAAACUUUUUGAUAUCUUUAAUUCUUCUGAUACACCUAAUAGUAAAAUUUUUAAUGACCCCUUCAAUAAUAAUUCACAUCAAUUAGAUCACUUAAACAAAAUGACUGAAAUGUUCAAAAACAUGAAGGUUGUUAGUAAAUUAAGUGCAACUGACAUGACACAACGAGUAAACUUUUUAAAUGGUUGGUUGGUAUCAAUAUCUGGUUUGAAAAUGCUGUGGAAUUCAUUAAACGUUAACCAAAACAAAGAUUAUACUCUUUGUACAGGUCGUAUAAAUCAAGACUGCCUUGAAAAUUUGUUUGGAACAACAACUCGGUAA